AUGUUUGAGCCCUCCGGGGAGCGCGCCAGCACCAGCCAGUCGGGGCGGAGCUCGAGCGCUACCAGUGUAAAAACGCAGGAUACGCUCCCGUCUGCGGGGUUCAACGUUGCUGCUCUUGCUAAGAUCGGAGAGCAAGCUUUUCAAAGAGGAGAGCUAGUUAGCGCUGAACUGGUUGCGCUGACGUACGGAGCGCUCGUGCGCCAGCUCUUUUUGGACUACCAGGCCCCUGAGGAUGUCAACGAGGAGCUCGAAAGAAUAGGCUACAAUAUCGGACUUCGUUUAGUCGAUGAUUUCUUAGCACGGUCUGCAGCACCACCCUGUCGUUCCUUUCAAGCAACUGCUGAGAUAGUUGCACGGGUCGCUUUCCGAAUGUACCUCGGAGUGAGCGCGAGACCUGCAAACUUCGCCGCGGACAACACAGCAUACUCCAUACUAUUCGACACAAAUCCACUCGCUGAAUUCGUGGAGGUACCUGAUGCAGUAGCGAACACGCUUUGGUACAGCAAUAUCUUCUGCGGCGUGAUCCGGGGAGCGCUCGAAAUGGUGCAGUUUUCUGUGAGGGCGAGCUUCACGCGUGAUAUGUUGCGUGGUGAUGAAUGCAACGAAAUUCGUGUUUGUCUUCUGCGUGAAUUGGAAGAAACAGUACCCUUAGAUAAGGAAACCUAG